UCCCUCCCCCCCUUGUAUGAGAGUCACCUGGAGAGCAGAAACGAGCUUCAGCCCGCAGAUGAGAGAGGACAGGCGGCAGAUUGAAACACUGACUGCCUCUGUGGAGUUUAAACAGCGAGAGGAGCGGACUUUAUUUAUGGACACUUUAACCUUCUUCUGACAGGAAUCUGCGUUUCUCUUCAUCUGGAGAUAUUUUGUAGUUUUUAGUUGUAACGUUUUUUCACUGUUAGAAAAUUUCUAACAGUGAUUUAGUUAAAAUGAGGUGGACGCAGCUGUUCAGGAUUAUGUUCUGUGCACUGAUCUGUCUUCACUGUGCUGAUGCUCUGCCUGCCUCAGGUUGUGAAGGUGAGUGCAACAGAAGCCAGAACUCCCCUUCCUCCUCCUCCUCAUCAUCAUCAUCUCUGUCACCCUCUUUAUCAUCAUCAUCAUCAUCAUCAUCUCUGUCACCCUCUUUAUCAUCAUCAUCAUCAUCAUCAUCAUCAUCAUCGCCUUCUUCUUCUUCUGUGGUGAAAUCCCCACAGCCCUCUCAGGACUUCCUGGGUCAGUUUACCCAAGUGAGCUCAUCAAACAGCGGUGACCGUAAACACCGCGAUGCCAGCGCUGUCCUGCCCUUCAUCGGCCUCACAGGCAGUGCUGAGCAGAGUCGUAGCUGCUGUAAGAAUGGAGGAACCUGUAUCCUGGGCAGCUUCUGCACCUGUCCUCCGUUCUUCACAGGAAGGAGCUGCGAGUACGACCAACGCAUCAGGAGCUGUGGUUCGAUUCCUCAUGGCGAGUGGGUUCAGAAAGGAUGCUCCUACUGUCGCUGUGGUUACGGCGUCCUGCAUUGCUUCCCCCAUGUCUUCCAUAAAGACUGUGACGACUCAGAGGAGGUGCGUUGGUAUCGUUCGUCAGCUGAAAGGACAGUCCGGACUGACUGUUUCCUGCAUCUGACGCUGGUUCUUUUUCUUCUGCGUCUCCUCUUCUGAUGGCUUUGUACAAGAAUCACCAGGCACAAACAGCAGGACUUGUGUGAAACUCUGAGCUGUGGACAAGCUAAGCACGACUUCUCAAGCUGCUUUUUCAGAACACCACUUUUAUGUUUUUUAAAAUAUUUAUUGUGUUUUUUCGGGGGGAAACCUGGAGUUGUUCCUGCAUUCCUUAACACCUGCCUUCCCAUUUUAUAAAGUGGGAUCUUUUCAAGGAUACCACUGGACCAACUUUACCAUUUUCAUGAAAUUUAAACUCCAAAGUUUGACAAAUCAGUUUUUCUCAGACAAGGAAAACUGUCCAGCCAACCUCUUGUUUCAAGACAUUUUAUUUAUAACUUGAGAGCAUUAUACAUCAAUCCACAAUUGGUCUGUCAAUCAGCAGUGACUGAAGUUCAUCUCGUCCAAACUGUGAGUGUGUGUUUGUGUGUGAUGUGUGAAAUACAGUAUAGAAAAUGUAUGUGAAGAAAGCUGUACAUAAGAUUUUAUGAAAAGUAUGAUUUUUUUUUGUCAGUCCAUGAUCUGAGAUUUUUUUUUCUCUGUAAAAGAAGACGCAGAGUUUCUUUGUCUUCUGUCUGUUUGCACAAACUAUGAGCUGACAUUUUGUCAGUUGAAUAUAAACAUGGAUUAUGUCUUUUUGAAAUUGUACUGUUGAGUUUUCUUUGUUUGCUGUAAGAAACAGAAAUUUACAUCAUUAAAACAAAAGUAAACUUUUGAUAGGGGGAAAAACACACCAAAGUUUCAAAGUAAAUAUUAAAAGAAGUGUUAUUUUCAAACAGAACCUUUGUUAACUGGGUUAUCUGCAGGUAUUUUCAGUGGGAGCUAACCAUCUCUUAUCUC